UUUAAGGACUUAGUUUAUAUUCCUUUAUAAAUGGCAAAUAGUUGGUAACUAAUAUUUAUUUUUCAAAAAUUUUAACACAUUUAUUAAAUGCGUUUAUUUUUAGUAGUGUUGAGAUUGAACCUAAUGUCUUGAAAAACUGUCUUGUGCAAGUCAUCAUGAGACUAACCAGAAACAAAACAUCUUUUAUGUAUCACAUUUUCAUUUUGUGAAACACCGGGAUCAUGCCCAUUAAAAAUAGCUUCAUAAUACUGGUGUUUGCACCAGUUUUUUCCAUGAACAUUUCAGACAUCAGUUAUGCAUCAAGUCUUUUCAGGGGACUGUUACAUAUUUUUACUGCACUGGACCAUGGAGAACAGGAAUAAUGUCACUGUGUUUAUUCUCUUGGGACUAUCACAAAACAAGAACAUUGAAAUUCUCUGCUUUGUCUUAUAUUUAUUUUGCUACAUUGAUAUUUGGAUGGAAAAUUUGCUCAUAAUGAUUUCUAUUGCAUGCAGUCCCCUCAUUGACCAACCCCUGUAUUUAUUCCUUUAUUACUUCUCACUCUCCAACCUUUGCUACACAUCUACAGUGAUACCCAAACUAAUGACUGAUCUACUGGCAGAAAGGAAGACCAUUUCCUACAAUAACUGAAUGACACAGCUUUUUAUCCUUCACUUCCUUGGAUGCAUGGAGAUCUUCAUCCUCACCGGGAUGGCCUAUGACCACUACGUGGCCAUCUGCAAGCCUCUGCAUUACACGAGCAUCAUGAGCAGACACAGAUAUAACACAAUAAUCAUAGCCUGUUGUACUGGAGGAUUUAUACACUCUGCCAGUCAGUUUCUUCUCACCAUUUUCUUACCUUUCUGUGGACCCAACGAGAUUGAUCACUAUUUCUGUGACGUGUACCCUUUGCUGAAACUGGCUUGCACCAAUACAUACAGAAUUGAUCUCCUGGUAAUAGUUAAUUCAGGUCUCAUUGCUUUGGUGACUUUCGUGAUUUUUAUGGUGUCUUAUUUUUUGAUAUUGCAUACCAUCAGGGGUUACCCUGCAGGAAGUCGUAGCAAAGCUUUUCCUACUUGCAGUUCUCAUAUCACAGUUGUGGUUCUGUUCUUUAUGCCUGUCCUCUUCAUUUACAUUAGACCAGCCACCACUCUUCCAGAAGACAAAGUGUUUGCUGUUUUCUACACCAUCAUUGCUCCCAUGUUCAAUCCUCUGAUUUACAUCCUCAGAAACACAGAGAUGAAGAAUGCUUUGAGGAAAAUUUGGUGCCAGAAACCAUUUUUGACUGACAGGCAAAUCAUAAGAAAGGCAGUCUCCCUCCUAAUUACACACCUUAUUUAA